AUGAGUGAUUAAAAUAAACUCAAGUAGUACAAAUUAACCAAGCCAGAAACCUUUUCUAUGUCCUUUUAUGAUGCAUACAAAGAAUAUUAAGAAUGGCUUAAUAAUGCUAACAAUCCUUAGAGACAACCGCGAAAAUCUCAUAAGUGGCAUUCCAACAUUACAGACUAUUUUAAUUAUGGUUUUAAUGAACAUACUUUGCAAAUCUAUGUGCAUAAAAUUACCUAAUUGACAGAGAUCUAUAGAAAAUAUAGACUAUAAUUUGCUGACAAAUGUGAUAAUUCUAAAGAAACAAUAUUUAAUUCAGCUUAGGAAAUUAGACGACAAACCAAAGAUGUAUAUCCAAUUGAUUUAGGUGGAAUAUUUAUACCUGUUGAUGAUAAAGUCGUUGAUUUUGGUUUUAAAUUUUAAGUUGAAAAUUUAUAUGAAUAAUAUAAUAAUUAAUCUAGCAAUGAAAAAUUUUUGUACAAUUAGUAUCAUUGCACUGGUGAAGCCUUAAUAUUUAAAUCCAAGUUUAUUUCUGAUAUUUUUAGAAAAUAGGUAAAGGAUAUUUAAGAUCUCUAUAAAUAAUAUAAGAAAGAACAUUAAAGAGAUUUAUAUCUCUUAAACACAGCUGUAAAAGUGUUUCCUAUUUAAAAAGAGGAUGAGAUUUCUAUUUAAAUUGCAUAGCUUGUCAAAAAAAUUACUAUAAAUUAUGAGAAAUCAGAGAAAUCAGACAAAAUUCAGAGACAAAAAAGACGUGAAAGAUCAAGAACCCCUAAAAAAAGUAGAUCUAAGAAAUAGUGA